AUGGGCGACGACAUCAUGGACGAUGACGAGGAUUAUGGUUUUGAAUACGAGGAUGACAGUGGAAGCGAACCUGAUGUUGAUCUUGAAAACCAGUACUAUACUGCAAAAGGGUUGAAAAGCGAAGGAAAGAUCAAUGAAGCCAUAGCAAAUUUUGAGAAGGUCAGCUCGUCAUGGGAGCCAUUAUGGCGAAAAUUAUGUUGUACUACAAUUCAGGUUCUCAACCUAGAGCAAGAAAUGGGCGAAUGGGGAUUCAAAGCUUUGAAACAGAUGGUUAAAAUUACUUUCAACACCAAUCAGUUCGAAGCGAUGUUGGAAUACUAUCAAAAACUGCUGAAAUACAUCAAAACAGCUGUGACGAAGAAUUAUUCCGAGAAAUCUAUAAAUGCCAUUUUGGACUACAUAUCGACUUCAAAACGAAUGGACUUAUUACAAAAAUUCUAUGAAACUACGUUAGAUGCUCUGAAGGAUGCAAAGAAUGAGCGAUUAUGGUUCAAAACUAAUACCAAGCUUGGGAAGUUGUACUUUGAUAUGCACGAAUUUAACAAACUUGAGAAGAUUUUGAAGCAGUUGAAAAGUUCCUGCAAGACGGAACUGGGCGAAGAAGACCAGAAAAAAGGAACGCAGCUACUGGAGAUUUAUGCACUAGAAAUUCAGAUGUAUACUGAACAGAAGAAUAACAAGGCUCUGAAGAAACUAUAUGAGCAAGCGCAACAGGCUAUCCAAUCGAAGUCCGCUAUUCCUCAUCCUUUAAUUCUUGGUGUCAUUCGAGAGUGCGGUGGCAAGAUGCAUCUUAGAGAGGGUCAGUUUGAUCGUGCCCACACGGAUUUCUUUGAAGCGUUCAAAAACUACGACGAAAGUGGAUCACCGCGACGAAUCACCUGUUUGAAAUAUCUUGUGUUAGCGAACAUGCUCAUAAAGUCCGACAUAAAUCCGUUCGACAGCCAGGAGGCCAAGCCUUUCAAGAAUGAGCAAGAAAUCGUCGCCAUGACAGCGAUGGUGUCCGCAUACCAAGAAAAUGACAUCGACGAAUUUCAACGAAUACUGGAAGACAAUCGUGAAAGUAUCAUGCAGGAUCCCUUCAUACGUGAACACAUAGAAGAGCUUCUGACCAAUAUUCGCACUCAGAAAGUAUUGCAGGUGUUACUGCGGUUGAUCAAACCGUAUACAAGAGUAAGGCUCCAGUACCUCUCGCAACAACUGCGUGUUUCUGUUGCUGAAGUAAAACGGUUGCUGGUGGAUACAAUACUUGACGAAAACCUUCCUGCGCGUAUAGACGAGAUCGACAACAUACUGUAUGUGAAGCCGUGUGGAGAACAGCGAUUGGAUUCAUCGUUGUCAAUUUCUGCUAUGAACGGUUGGAUUGAUCAGAUCGACAAAAUGUCGAAAGAUCAGCAUGAUUUGAAGAGGGAGUUGAACGAGCUGAUCAAGAAGCGUGCUGAAAUUGCUGAAACAUUAGAGGCGUUAGAGAAUCAGAUUUACAAUUUUGAAGGAUCGUACCUUGAAGAGACGGCUGAAUAUGGAAAUGUCAUAAAAGGAUGGGAUCGCUAUGCGUUAGCUAUGCCACCUUCCAAAUCAGGCGUGAAACUGGAUAAAAAGACCAUGUCCCGGAAAACAGAUAGAGAAGCAGAUCGAUUAUUUUCGUACUCGUCGGUAACGUCUCCAGCAGCAUUGAAACAUGCACAGCAACCUCCACCUCCAAGUAUAACGUCAUCUGGAGCUCCAUUGACUCCUACGAUGAUGAGGAACGAUGUGAUCGAAGAUGAGGCGUCUCGUGAGAUGAGGCGAUCAAAGAAGCGAAAACUCGAAGAGCAGUGA